GGUCCAGCCUGUCUCCGCGUGGUGCGAGCGCUGCACCAGCCCCUGGCUGGUGGUUACUGUCCGAACAGCGUGGUGUGGUCGCUGUCUCUCUGGGCGUGCAGCUCCGCAGCCCUGCCGGCUCGGUUCGAUUGACUUACGCAGGAUUCUCUGCCCUUGCCUGGGAGAACAGUUCAGGAGACAGAUGGCCCCAAGAGCCCAGAUCCAGGGCUUCUCUCUUCCAAACCAAAACUAAUUACUCAGUUGGAGCAAGGGGCAGAGCCCUGGACUGAGGUGCGAGAGGCUCCAUCAGGCACACAUGCAGUCCAGGAUUACUGGUUUGAAACAAAGAUGUCAGCCCUAAAGCAAAGCACUUCUGAAGGAUCUGUUCUGGGAGAGCGAACGAAAAGUGUCAUGAUGGAAAAAGGCCUGGACUGGGAGGGCAGAAGCUCCAUAGAGAAGAACUAUAAGUGCAAGGAAUGUGGGAAAGUCUUCAAAUACAAUUCGUCCUUUAUUAGCCACCAGAGAAAUCACACCAGUGAGAAACCACAUAAAUGUAAAGAAUGUGGGAUCGCCUUUAUGAACAGUUCAUCCCUUUUAAAUCACCAUAAGGUUCAUGCAGGCAAACAGCCUUAUAGAUGUAUUGAAUGUGGGAAGUUCCUGAAGAAGCACUCAACGUUUAUCAACCAUCAGAGAAUUCAUUCUAGGGAGAAACCCCACAGAUGCAUUGAAUGUGGAAAAACUUUCAGAAAGAACUCAAUCCUUUUAAGUCAUCAGAGAAUUCAUACUGGCCAGAAACCCUACAAAUGUAAUGACUGUGGGAAAGCCUUCGCUCAGAAUGCAGCUCUUACUCGUCAUGAAAGAAUACAUAGUGGAGAGAAGCCUUUUAAAUGUAACAAGUGUGGGAGAGCUUUCAGGGAUAAUUCAACUGUGUUGGAACAUCAGAAAAUCCAUACUGGUGAGAAGCCAUAUCAGUGUAAUGAAUGUGGAAAAGCCUUUAGGAAGAGCUCAACUCUUAUUAGUCACCAAAGAAUGCAUACUGGGGAGAAACCCUAUCACUGCAGUAAAUGUGGAAAAUCUUUCAGGUAUAGCUCAUCCUUUGCUGGUCAUCAGAAAACUCACAGUGGAAAUAAACCGUAUCAGUGUCGUGACUGUGGGAAGGCCUUUACAAAGAGCUCAACCCUUACUGGACAUCAGAGAAUUCAUACUGGAGAAAAACCCUAUCACUGUAAGAAAUGUGGGAAAGCCUUUCGGCACAGCUCAGGCCUUGUUGAACAUCAGAGACUCCAUACUGGGGAAAAACCUUAUAAAUGUAAUGAAUGUGGGAAAGCUUUUCCCCGAAGUUCAGCCCUUAAGCAACAUAAGAAAAUUCAUAAUAAAGAAAGAGCCAUGAAAUGUAGUUAGUGUGGCAAAUUGUGCAGAGUAGUUUAUUCCUUCUGACCAUCAUAGAGGAGACAUUAAAUAAAUUAUGCAUUUAACAGAAAUACUCUGUGUACUUCUGAGAGAACAUAUCACUUGUGAGGAUAUUCAUUGUGAGGUUCUACUAGUGAAAUAUUUGAAGAAACUAAAUGUAUGUCAGUAUGGAAGUAGUUAUAGCAUACUGUGUGCUAAUUGAAAAGAAUGAGGUGGAGCUGUAAAUACUGUACAAAGCCAGGCAUGGUGGCGUAUGCCUGUAGUCCCAGUUACUUGGGAGGCUGAGACAGGAUUGCUUAAGCCCAGGAGUUUGAGUCUGUAAUGCACUAUGAUUGUGCAUGUGAAUAGCCACUGCACUCCAGCCUGGGCAACAUAGCAAGACUCCAUCUCUAAGUAAAAAAAUACAACAGUAGAAAUAUACCCAUGAUAAUAUACCCAAUAUACCCUUGUUAAAGAAGCAAGUUUCAGGAAAUCUAUAUUAUAUGCAUUCACAAAGACCUGGACAAAUAAAGACCAAUCUUAACAGCAGUUAUCUCUCUCUCUCUCUCUUUUUUUUUUUUUUUAAAGAAACUAGCUCUUACUCUGUCACCCAGGCUGGAGUGCCAUGUGAUCAUAGCUCACUGUAGUUUUGAACUUGGGCUUGAACAACCUUCCCACUUCAGUCUCUGGAGUAGCUGGGGCUACAGGCACGUACCACCACACUCAGCUAACAGCAGUUAUCUUUGAUGAGGAUGUAGUAUAGGUUGAGCAUCCAUAACUGGAAAAUCUGAAAUCUGAAGUGCUCCAAAAUCCAAAAUUUGUCUGAGCACCAACAGGUGCAAAAUUCUACACCAGACCUUAUGUGAUGGGUUGCAGUUAAAAUGCACCCCCAAGAUUCCUUAUUAUGUGCAUGUAAAUAUUGCAAAGUCCAAAAAAGUCUGAAAUCCUAAAUACUUCUGGUCUCACGCAUUUCAGACAAGGGAUACUCGACCUAUAUUGGUAUGAUGAAGUGAAAUUAUGACUUUGACUGAGUUCUUUGAAAUGAAAUAUUUAAUCAAGCAUCAUUCAUGUAUCUUCUGUAACUUAGUAUAGUUAUCUUCCUAUAUAAGAAAACUCAGAAGUCAUAAAAAUAAGACAAAUGCCACACAGAAACUAAAAGCUUUUGGUUUCUGCAACUAGAGGCUUCGUAGUAUUAAAAUACAAAGGGCUGGACUUGGAGAAAAUAUUACCAUCAUCAUAUUUAACAGGUAACACUUAGAAUAUUUAGAGAGUCCUUAAAAUACAUAAAUAUAAAAAUUCCAGUGGAGAAACGGUCUUGGAUGUGAAUGUACAGUUGUCAGAAAAAGAAAUAUAAAUGAUUAUGCCUACCAACUUUGACCCUUUGACCUAACAUUUCUACUUAAAAUCUAAUUAAAAAGUAAAGGUGGUCUUUACAGCAUUGUAGUAAUGAAGAGGUGGAAUCACUGUAAUAUCUGUCAUCAGAGGAAUGUUUAAGAUAUAUGCAGUCUUUGGACUACCAUGUAGUCACUCAACAUUUAAUUAAAAGACAGUCCUUUAAUUAAUUAACAUUUGGUGAGUUAGACUUUUAUGAGCUGACAGGCAAAGUUGUCUAUGACAUUAAAUUGAAAAAGAUCGAAAGUAAAGAAUAAUGGUAUAGUACUUCUUUUGUAUAGUCAAUGCAUUGCCUGAAUAUUUUGUGAUAAAAAUAUAUCACGGAUAUAGUUCACAAUGUAAAAGCAAUAAAGCAAACUUAGGAAUGUUAUAAAAUAGAAAAGAAAGGAUCUAAGUAUUCAACUCAUGAUUGCAGAGGGCCAGAUUUAAUCAAAAGAAGCACGGUUGCACACACAUAGAUGAUUGUUGGUAAGAACUGGUUAAGUUGCUUUGGAUAACAGUUUGGCAACAUGAAUGUAAAUGUAAAUGUAUGUUCUCAUUGACCCAGAAAUGCCACCCUCAAACAUUUCAGGAAAUAAUUUGACUAACUUACAGAGCUUGUAUUGCUCAUCAUCACUGGUUAUACUAAUAUCCUGGAAAGAGGUGGGAGAAAUAUCUAAGUAGGGAAGUGUUUAAAUAAGUUAUGAAACUCUCAUAGGCUAGCAUCCCAGUUACUACAGAUGUAUAAUAAACUGUCACACACUUA